UUAAAGAGGCGCGCGGAGGCGGGCGCGGCGCAUACUGCUAGUGGCGCGCGGAGGAGCGACGCGUGGAGAAGCGGCCCACGUGUCUGCUCAGAGUCCAGUCCCGUGUUCUUCCCGCUCCUUACGCAUCCGCGGUCCAGGGCGUCCUUUCAGCCCCCCUGGUGUUCGCCCACCCCGGGCCGCGAGGCGGCCGCUCGGGAGCCAUGGUGGACCGGGGCCCUCUGCUCACCUCGGCCAUCAUCUUCUACCUGGCCAUCGGGGCGGCGAUCUUCGAAGUGCUGGAGGAGCCGCACUGGAAGGAGGCCAAGAAAAACUACUACACACAGAAGCUGCAUCUGCUCAAGGAGUUCCCGUGCCUGGGUCAGGAGGGCCUGGACAAGAUCCUAGAGGUGGUAUCUGAUGCUGCAGGACAGGGUGUGGCCAUCACAGGGAACCAGACCUUCAACAACUGGAACUGGCCCAAUGCAAUGAUUUUUGCAGCGACCGUCAUUACCACCAUUGGAUAUGGCAAUGUGGCUCCCAAGACCCCCGCCGGUCGCCUCUUCUGCGUCUUCUAUGGUCUCUUCGGGGUGCCGCUCUGCCUGACGUGGAUCAGUGCCCUGGGCAAGUUCUUCGGGGGACGCGCCAAGAGACUAGGGCAGUUCCUUACCAAGAGAGGCGUGAGUCUGCGGAAGGCGCAGAUCACGUGCACAGUCAUCUUCAUCGUGUGGGGCGUCCUAGUCCACCUGGUGAUCCCACCCUUCGUAUUCAUGGUGACCGAGGGGUGGAACUACAUCGAGGGCCUCUACUACUCCUUCAUCACCAUCUCCACCAUCGGCUUCGGUGACUUUGUGGCUGGUGUGAACCCCAGCGCCAACUACCACGCCCUGUACCGCUACUUCGUGGAGCUCUGGAUCUACUUGGGGCUGGCCUGGCUGUCCCUUUUUGUCAACUGGAAGGUGAGCAUGUUUGUGGAAGUCCACAAAGCCAUUAAGAAGCGGCGGCGGCGACGGAAGGAGUCCUUUGAGAGCUCCCCACACUCCCGGAAGGCCCUGCAGGUGAAGGGGAGCACAGCCUCCAAGGACGUCAACAUCUUCAGCUUUCUUUCCAAGAAGGAAGAGACCUACAAUGACCUCAUCAAGCAGAUCGGGAAGAAGGCCAUGAAGACAAGCGGGGGUGGGGAGACGGGCCCGGGCCCAGGGCUGGGGCCUCAAGGCGGUGGGCUCCCAGCACUGCCCCCUUCCCUGGCACCCCUGGUGGUUUACUCCAAGAACCGGGUGCCCACCUUGGAAGAGGUGUCACAGACACUGAGGAGCAAAGGCCACGUAUCAAAGCCCCCAGAUGAGGAAGCUGUGGCACAGGCCCCUGAAGACAGCUCCCCUGCCCCCGAGGUGUUCAUGAACCAGCUGGACCGCAUCAGUGAGGAAUGCGAGCCAUGGGACGCCCAGGACUACCACCCACUCAUCUUCCAGGACGCCAGCAUCACCUUCGUGAACACGGAGGCUGGCCUCUCAGACGAGGAGACCUCCAAGUCCUCGCUAGAGGACAACUUGGCAGGGGAGGAGAGCCCCCAGCAGGGGGCCGAAGCCAAGGCGCCCCUGAACAUGGGCGAGUUCCCCUCCUCCGACGAGUCCACCUUCACCAGCACUGAGUCUGAGCUCUCCGUGCCCUACGAACAGCUGAUGAAUGAGUACAACAAGGCUAACAGCCCCAAGGGCACAUGAGGCGGGGCCGGCUCCCCACCCCACCUUUGAUGGCCUCUUCCCCCCUUACCCUGGGGUGUCCCGAGAUGGCCGGGACCCCAGACCCCUGGUGGGGGGGCAGCCUUGGAACUGGGAGUGGGGGGCCAGGGGCCUUCCUAACCUUCCAUCAUCCCCAGCUAGAUGCAUGCCCGGGACAGGGCCUCUGUUCUCCAGCUGAACCAUACCCUGGCUGUGGGGGCGUCUGUCCUGAGCUUGGCUGGUGUAUCUCACAAUGCAAAGACAUGCAGGCUGGCGGGACAGGUGGGCAGGACGGACCCUGAGGAGGCCUUGCCUGCAGGGUCUUUGCCCCACCAUUUGGUGGAGUGUCACACGGUUCUCUGAGGCCUGGGGCCUCAGCUCUUUAAGUUUACCAGUAUUACUGAGCUUGGCAUUUGGAGAGGGAGCUCUGAAGUGUCUGGGGAGGUACCGCUGUGCGUGGGGUCAGGUGUUUCCGUACCUCAGCAGGAGCAGGGCCCGCCCCCACCCCAGCUGCGGGCCUGCCGGUCGGGUUGGGCACCUACUACAAACCGUAGUGGGGUGGAGGCUGCUGGAGGUGGGAGUGAGGAGAUGAGGGUAGGGGCUCAAACAGACCUGACUCACGGGGCCUGGAAACAAGUCCCAUGUGGGCCUGGGGCCUGGGGUCCUCAUCCUCCUUGUUGGUCUACUCAGGCCCAGCCCAGAGCCGUGUUCCCUGUCUCAGGUCAAGCAGUGGCAGACGCAAGGCUUUCUGUGGGCCCCCGAGUGGUAGGAGGGAGAGUAGCAGAGUAUGGGUUACUGGAAGCCGGGACUGCUAGGGCUGGUGGCCAGGGAGCUGCAAGAGUGAGGCUCAGCUCUGGCUGGUUCUGCCCUUACCCCUCCUGCCAGCUGGAGAACUGCACACCCCGCCCCCUGGCCCCAGGACCUGCACUCCCAAUCCUGCUGUCUUCUCCUUCCCUGUGCCCUGAACAAGGACCUCACUGCCCGCCUUCCCCUCCCACCAGCCCCCUUGGGCCAGGCAGGGUGAGGCCAAAUUGCUCUUGGCCCACAAAUGGGCGAUGGUCAAAUAUGUGAAUCAAGCUCCUCUCUCUGGCUAGUGUUUGAUGUGCAUGUGUGUGUGCGUGGUGCGUGUGUGCACAUACACACCUGUGCACUCGUGUGUGUUUAAGAAAGGAAAGGAUUUGGGCUGGGGAGCAAAAGAUAAUGUGAAACUGUUGGUGGACUCUCUGGUGAGGGGUGGGCAGAACUUGCUGCUACUAGAGUUCUUGGGUUCUCCAUGAUGUUCACCCUGGGGCUGGCCCACUGUGUGCUGAAUGUUUUUGUUGUUUUUUGUUUUAUUUUUUAAACAAACUGCUGUUUUUUAUAUACCUGGAAUCUGUUGUUGGCUUCAGAGCCAGUGGUUAAAGAGCAGGGUCCCAAGGAUUGGGAGGUCCAGUGUCUGCCCUCCUGCCCUGCAACUCAAUUGGGCCUUUUUCGGUGACCUCAUCCAAGGCCAUGAUGUCAAGGGCCGUGUCCCCAAGCAGAGGUGGAGAAGGGGACACUGAGGUGAGCAAAGGCAGGAAGGGGCAUCCACUGCAGGUGACUGGAGGCCGGGCAGGAGGCAAGUCAUCAGAACCGCCCAGCUCCCUUCACUCUCUGCCCUCUGCCCCACUACUGUGGGGCAGUGGGGCCAGAGGCCACCUCCCCAACAUGUGAAGACGGUGAUGGGCAUGUGCCCACACCCCACUUCUCUAGCCGUUUGCAGAGGCUGCUGCCCAGCAGGGGCCUGAAAAGGAACAGCCUCGUAUUUUUCUGUGAAAUGUUUUAAUGAACUCAUGUUGUUGCUGGUUGUCCUGGCAUCGCACACACUGUAUGUACAUACUGGCAAUGAUGUCAAAUGUAAUUUAUUUUAACAUUUUUACAAUAAAACAUGAGGUGGAUAGGUCAGCUUGGUGUGUGCUGUGUGUGGGGCAGGUUACAGAGGGGUUGGCUUCUGGCCUCUGAGCAGCAGGGGAGCCUGGGCACAUCCACAGAAGAUAGGGAGGACUCAAGACAGACUGAUAAGAGGAUUGGAUGGUCUGGAGGGGAGAAAAGAAUGAAAAGGGAUGAAGAGAGCAGGGAGAGGCAGGCCUCUGUGGGGAGGUAAGGACGGGGGAGGAACAUUGCAGUACAGGUUUGAGAAUCAGGAAGGAGUGAGAGGAGCAAGGGGAGAGGCGGGGUGAUCAUGGCAAAUGCAUGUCACUCACCACUUUGUCAGGCACUAAAUGCUUGCACUGAAUAAUAUGUGAGUGGACUCAUUUGACCUGGCAAGAGCCCUGUGAGGGCGUCAGUACAUCUCCAUUUUAUAGACGAGGAAACAGGCACAGAGAAGUUGCCUUGUGCAAAAUCUCAGUAAAAAUGGUAAGCCUAGAUUCAAACCCAGGCAGCCCAGCUCCUGUCCCCUCCACCACCGUGAUGAGAUGAAAAAGACUACCUGUGGUUUUGUGGCACACCCAGCAUCUCCGGAAAGGGCUCCUGUCUCCAGGUAGGUGGACCAGAGAGCUUGAGCAACGCUCAGGCCUUCUCAACUCAAGGGGUGGGCAGGAGAUGUAGAGCCUGAGCGUGGGCACUGUGGACUGGAAAGAAUGUGAAGGAAGAAUGGAGCCAGGCUCAGCUGGGCAUCUGUCUCCAUCUAUCUAAAGGGAGGCUUUGUCAGGCUUCAACUGUUUGGGGACUGGCCCCUUCUAUGACCAUUUCAGGGCUCAGCACCACAAAGGAUGAUUUCUGAGUUCAUUGGAAAAAAAAAAAAAGUAUGAUUUCAGGAGUGAACCACAUUUUUCAUGAGGGCAUGGAUGUGUUUACAAAGGAUUAUAUGUAUUUACCAGCCAAUUCUGUAACGACACCAUCCCUCCCUCUCUGCCAACACCACUCCCUCUUGCCCUCUUUCUGCUCCCCCCACACCCCUCUCCUGCCCCCAUCACACACAGGUCCAAGGUUCUCCGGUUUUGCUUUAAUCACAUUCAGCCUCAAGGCAAUAACAGUUCCAUAACACUGUAAGCCCCACCUUUAUUCAGCACUUGGCCUGUUCACAAACCCCAUUGACAAACAUAGCCCAGGUUAUUUGGCCCAUCUACAGUUGAGACGAGAGCUUGAGGAUCAUGACUUCCUAAGGGCACCCAGCUGGACCGAGGCACAGCUUUGCAGAACUGUGCUCACAGAUGAUAAAGCACAGACCCAAGAUUGGGUGGAGGUGUGGCAUUGGGUCACUGUGGCCAGGGUUAGUCUGGAGCUUUCUGAGUAAGAGGUGGGAGGUAGGGCAGCAGCUAGAGCAAAGGGUGGGGCCCAGGAGGCCUCAAGUUCCCCAGGGGUCAUGAGCAGGGGAGGGGUACCAUGUGGAGGCAUGGGGAACAUUCCAUCACAGUCUGGGGAG